AUACGUCAUGUACGACCUCAAAAAUUGUUAUUUUUCUUCUCUUUCUAUGAAUGUUUCUCACAUUUAACAAAUAAUUACUUAUCUAUCUAAACAACCCUUAGUUUAAGAUGUUUUUAAUUUUUUUCCAGCAACAAUGUGGAAGAAGAUUUGAUAUUACAUUACCGUUCACCAAAAGAAAAAAGAAUUGAUAUUUGGUUGAUGUUUUCAAUCCCGAAUCUUGUGUCAAUUCCUAGGAUUUGGGCCCUGUGCUAACCUCGUUUCUCGCACCUCCUUUAGAUUUAGGUCGCCUCCCUCUCUCUCUCUCUCUAACAAAGCACGCAAUUCAAGGAUCUUCCAGUUGACAUUUAUUCCACUCUUUCUGCUACUAGUCUUGCUUUCAGCAACCCAGCAAGGCUAACACCAAUAAAGGAAGGGAGAUGGACUGUGCAUCCAUGGCUACUACCACUAGAGGCUCCUCUCACUUCACUGGUAAGUUACCACAGCCAAACUCCUUACAUGGGUCAUCAUCUUUCCUACAGAUGAAGCAAACCCACUUCUCUGUUCAAGCCAUUGGGCUCAAACCACUCCAUAUUUCUUCAAAAAUGGAGCUUGAUCAUCACAAACACGGAGGAUUUUGCAAGCCGAUAGAGAGCUUUCGAGGACGCCCCCUCAUCGCGUGCUGUGCUCUAGCGGAGAGGCCUACUAAUGUUUCAAAUUAUUGUGUUUCUGAAGACCUUCCUUAUUGUGAGCUCCAAAGGCUUGUUUCUGAGUUUGAAGGCCUGGUGGAACCAGUGGAAAGGGUUAAGAGGCUUCUUCACUAUGCUUCUUUCUUGCCCCAUCUCAAUGAUUCUGAUAAAAUUAAGAAUAAUCGAGUAAUGGGGUGCACAGCUCAAGUGUGGUUAAAAGCUGAAAUGGAAGAAGGUGGGAAGAUGAGGUUUUUUGCCGAUAGUGAUUCAGAGAUAACAAGGGGUUUUUGCGCUUGCUUAAUUCAUGUUCUCGAUGGAGCUUUUCCUGACGAGGUUCUUCGUUUGAAGACGGAGGAUUUGGCCUCUUUGAAUGUGGGUUUGGCUGGCCGAGCUCAUUCAAGGGUGAAUACAUGGCAUAAUGUGUUGCUUAGUAUGCAGAAGAAGACCAGGGCUCUUGUUGCAGAGAGAGAUGGGAGGCCCUUUGUUGAGCCUUUCCCUUCUUUGGUUGUGGCUUCUGAUGAGAUUCACCCACAAGGGAGCUACGCUGAAGCUCAGGCAAAGUUUUUAUCCCCCGAUGACUUGAAGGUUCAAGAACUUGUAGAAGUUUUAACAGAGAAGAAGAUUGGAAUUGUUGCACACUUUUAUAUGGAUCCAGAGGUCCAAGGUGUCUUAACUGCAGCAGCACAGCAAUGGCCGCAUAUCCGCAUAUCUGAUUCCUUGGUUAUGGCUGAUACAGCUGUAAAAAUGGCUAAGGAUGGAUGCAAAUUUAUCACGGUUCUGGGUGUUGACUUCAUGUCUGAAAAUGUUCGGGCAAUUCUUGAUCAGUCUGGCUUUGAGAAGGUUGGUGUGUACAGGAUGUCAAGUGAACAGAUUGGCUGCUCAUUGGCGGAAGCUGCAGAAAAUCCUGCUUACACUAACUUCCUAGAGGGGGCUUCACGGUCACCUCCUUCUUUGCAUGUGAUCUACAUCAAUACUUCCUUGAACACCAAGGCAAAAUCCCAUGAGCUUGUGCCAACAAUUACAUGUACCUCCUCAAAUGUUGUCCAAACUGUUCUACAGGCAUUUGCCCAGAUUCCGAAUUUGAACAUUUGGUAUGGCCCUGAUUCGUACAUGGGUGCUAAUUUAGCAGAGUUAUUUCAACAAAUGUCCAACAUGUCGAAUGAAGAAAUCUUCGAGAUCCAUCCGCUGCACAAUAGGAGCUCAAUAAGAUCAUUAUUACCCCAUCUUCACUACUAUCAAGAUGGCACCUGCAUUGUCCAUGACCUUUUUGGGAGCGAAGUAGUAGCAAGGAUACGAGACGGGUACAGUGAUGCAUUUUUAACUGCUCAUUUCGAAGUCCCAGGAGAGAUGUUUUCCUUGGCCAUGGAAGCCAAAAAAAGAGGGAUGGGAGUAGUGGGUUCCACCCAAAACAUUUUAGAUUUCAUCACUCAACGAGUAAAAGAGGCCAUAGAGAGAAACACAGAUGAAAGCCUCCAAUUUGUUUUGGGAACAGAAUCAGGGAUGAUUACAGCUAUAGUUGCAGCCAUUCGAAAGUUGCUUAUUUCAGGGAAAGCUCGCCCUGGAAGUGCAUAUAUCAAUGUUGAGAUUGUGUUUCCUGUCUCUUCCAAUGCAGUAACAAAAACAGUGACUUCAUUUGGUGGUUUGAGUUCAAUAGAUUCUAGCGAUUUGGUUAAAUUAUCCGUUGUACCAGGAGUGCAAGCUGGCGAAGGAUGUUCUAUUCAUGGUGGUUGCGCUUCUUGUCCAUAUAUGAAGAUGAAUUCGCUGAGCUCACUACUAAGAAUAUGCCAUCAGCUUCCUGACACUGAAAAUAGCCUUUCCACUUAUAAAGCCAGUCGAUUUGAAGAGAGGACACUCCAUGGGAGAUCAGUUGCUGAUCUGGGUUGUGAACCAAUUUUGCAUAUGAGACACUUUCAGGCGACUGGGAAAUUGUCCGAUAAGCUUGUAGAUCAGAUCCUCCUCAAAUCGUCAUCAACAAGGAUUUGAAGCUAAGUGGCUGAGAUUUUUUAAGGAAAGAUGAGGCAACAAAAAUCACGAAGUCUCUAUUUUGAUACCCCUCGACAAUUCAUGCAUGAAAUGCCUGUUCGAAUAAGCAGCAAAAAAUCACGAAAAAUUCUGUUGUUUCCUUUUUGUUUGUCUUCUGCAUUCAAGAUAUAAGAAGAAUAUAGAAUGUCAAAAUUGUAUUA